UGAAUGUCCUCUGUUAAUAUAGCUUGUUAUAAAACAAUCAACAAAACCAUUUUAGACACAAACAUGGCAACACAAUCAAAUCUCUGAAAUUUUCAGUUCCACCAGAAUGACUUAGCCAUGUGAUCAAUUCUAGCAUAGAAAAGUAGAAAAGUCCAGGGAGUUGGGAUUUAGGUAAUCUGUCACAUCUUCACAGAAGUACAAUUGUCAGAGCACAACUCAUUUACUCUAUUUAUAAUAUACCUACCUUACUAUAUAAAGGUGUUUUGUUGAACCUCCCUCUUCCAGUAUUUUGUAUGUAGAAUAUAAGUAGGGGAAGAGAAAUCUCAUACCUGCAAUUCAAAUUUUAGCUUCUACUUCAACUUUCAGCACCCCUAAAGCUCUGCAUUUCACAUGGCAAAGUGGCAUUUUCUUCUCCUUAUGGUUUUCAUAUCUUUCUCAGGCACUGAAGCCGCAGUCUUUACCCUACAAAACCAAUGUAGGAUAACCAUAUGGCCGGGGACUCUUUCAGGAAAAGGACCUUUGCUACUAGGCGGUGGAACUAAAUUACGACCGGGUCUAUCAAUAACAAUUGAUGUACCUCAUCAGUGGUCAGGCCGCUUUUGGGCUCGUACUGGCUGCAGGUUUGAUAGUUCCGGCAAGGGAAAAUGUGCCACUGGUGACUGUGGUGGCUUGACUCAUUGUGCUGGGGCUGGUGGUGUACCACCAGUCACACUAGCUGAGUUCACAUUGGAUAACCAAAAUUUCUAUGAUGUUAGCCUUGUUGAUGGCUACAAUAUCCCUAUUUCCAUCUACCCCUACGGUGGCUCUGGUGACUGCAAAAAGGUCGAGUGUUUCUCCAACUUGAAUCCCAGAUGCCCCAAGGAUCUACGUGUGAUAACUAACGGUAGGAUUGUAGCAUGCAAGAGUGCCUGCACAGCAUAUAAUACUCCUGAAUACUGUUGCACUGGUGCUUAUGGUAACCCUCAGACCUGCAAGCCUACAGGUUUUUCACAGAUAUUCAAGGCUGCAUGUCCUACAUAUUAUAGCUAUGCCUAUGAUGAUGCAACAAGCACAUUCACAUGCAGCAAUGCUAAUUAUAUAAUUAGGUUUUGUUGAACUAUUAAGGCGGUGAUUGAGAUUCCGAUAUAACAGGAUACAUGCAUUAUUCUUGUUGUUUGAGAACUUCAGUGAAGAUGCAGAUAAACUGCAUUUGAGGCUUUGGCAUAUUCGGGGAACAACCAAAUGCUACUAAAUCAAUACAUUCCAUAAACUGUCAUGACAUGGACAGUAUCAGACUGAUGUCUUUCUUUAUUUUUCACAUCGUCUUCUUCUAUUCUUUUGGAAUAAAACAGCAGUGGGCUUCUAAAUUUAUUAGUCUUCUAUUUUAUUAAUGCAAGCUAGUUAUCUUGUUUGGAUGUUCUAAUGUCUGCUUCUUCGUGCUGCUCAGACUGCCACUCCAAAUCACAUGUCUUACAACUACAAAAGGUUCUUUUUGUCAAACACCACAAGCAAUCUUAGCCAAGAUAUCCCAUGAUUCAGGCUUAGAUGUAUCUUGGGUUAAAGUGUUAAACAUGGGAUAUUUAUUAAGUAGACCAUUCGGUACUGUCUUGUGGUCUUCUCGAGUCUUUCUCUGUUCACAGCCCAAAGUAAAUCAGAUAUGUCAUAUGUCAUAUAUCAUAUAUCCCUAACUAUAAGGUCCCAAUGACAGAGUAAACAGCAA